AUAAAGGAAACACAACUAAAACGUGUUUCGCGACAGGAUUUCAAUACCGCCCCUUGUCUCAUUCGUUAGAGUGUCCUAAAGAAUUACGUUUUUUUUUUCGCAGUUCCGCCUAAGGACAAUCGGGGCUUCGUAGGCCAAGAUGAGUGGCAGUGGGAUGAAGGGAGGCCGGAGGAUCCCCACUCCGAUGCCUCCGCCCAAGGAAACUAUACAUCAGCCCAGGUCAACCCCAAGAUUGGUGGGCUCCGAUGCAUCAUACAAACUCAGCUCGUAUGAAAAGGAAGCUUUGAAUGCGGUUAAAGCAACAGCACCGAAAAUGGACCGCAACGGGUACUUUUUCUACGUGACAUCCACUGCAAAGAAAAAGAAGAUCAACUUGAUGCAACCAAAGCCGCCUCGAGUGGCAUUCGUUGAGGAAAAGCGUCGGCCAGGGGUGGCAGAGAGAAUUCACUCAAGCUACGCCAGUGUGGCACCGACUGCCACUGAGAACGGACGUGGGGACUCCAUGACGCAGCGAGGCCCGUCGCCCGCGCCACGCGCGCGGUUGUAUACGCAACUUGAGAGUUAUCAGCCGCGGUACCAUACGAUUCGUGAUAACAGUGAUAAAAGAGUGGAGAGUGAGUGUAGGAGGAGGAAGGAGAAGAGGAUUGUUGGAUACCCGCAGCCUCAGCCGGUUGUCAGGACAUCAACAACAAAAUGUUCCGGCGGUUCCCCGCACCGCGAGCGACGGCGACGCGACGACGACGCGGCGACGGCCAGCGGGUUCAGUGCGGCUCUACACCGCAAUCCACCGCCGCCGCCGCCUGCGUUACUGAGGAGACUCGGGGUGAAGGAACCUACUGGUGUUGGCAAGGUCAAAGUGAUGCUCCGAGUAGGUGCAUCAGGCGAGGGUCCCUUCACGAGUGGCACCCAGACGUUCUCGAUGGACAAGCGUAAGAAGCAAGUGAGCCUGUGUGAGACAGCCCCGGCGGCUACGGCACCUGAAGACAGGAAGGUCGGCGUGGCUGCACCUAAAAUGUUCGCCUUCGAUGCUAUAUUUUCUCAGGAUGAUGCUCAGACGGAGAUAUGUUCGAGCGCGCUGACUGACGUCAUCCACGCCGUCAUCAACGGCACAGACGGCUGCCUCUUCUGCUUUGGACACGCAGGACUUGGUAAAUCCUACACAAUGUUGGGGCGACCGGACUCACAAGCCGCGCUGGGUGCGAUCCCGUGCGCCAUCACAUGGCUUUUCCGGGGCAUCGCGGAGCAGCGACACAAAUGUGGCACGCGGUUCUCUGUCCGCGUCUCCGCUGUGGAACUGUGCACGAACACCAACCAGAUCCGGGACUUGUUGGCACCUUAUCAAAACGACACGGAGCAAUCUCCAGGCGUAUAUCUUCGAGACGACCCCCUCUUCGGAACUCACUUACAGAACCAGUCAGAGCUUCGAGUACACAGUGCCGAGAAGGCAGCCUUCUACCUCGAUGCUGCUUUAGCUACCAGAGGCGGCAGGGAAGAGGGGAAGGAUAGCCAUCUGUUGUACACGCUACAUGUUUACCAAUACAGUGUCGGAGGCAAAGGCGCAGUUGCCGGAGGACGCAGCCGCCUGCAUUUAAUCGACCUAGGAAACUCAGAGAGAGGAAAAACAAACGGCGGGAUUCCACUAUCUGGUUUAGGAAAUAUAUUACUAGCAAUUUUCAACGGACAAAGGCAUUUGCCGUACAGAGACCAUAAUCUCACACAUGUUUUAAAGGAGUGUCUGGGAUCUCUUACAUGUCACACAGCUAUGAUAGUCCAUGUUUCACCAAAUUCACAAAAUUAUUCAGAUACUUUGACAACACUACAAUUAGCUUCCCGAAUACAUAGGCUUCGAAGGAGGAAGGUUAAAUAUUCGUCAAAUAAUAAUGCAGGGUCUGGAGGGAGCUCCGGUGAAGACGCCUCAAAACCUAGCAGUAGUGAACCAGAUCCUUCGAGUAGUGACCUCUCAGCUGACACCGUUAUAUACGUAGGUCCUAUGGACGAUGCAACAGAUGGGGAACACCCACCAGUUUAUAUACCUCAUAUAAAUUCAGGUGACAACAGAUGCGUACUAAGUAAAGCGUUACGAGGUUCAGCAGCAGAACAGAAACACAAAUCAUCUUUAUCCAGGGUUGUCGAAGAAAAAAGCCCAGUACACAGAUUACACGGAUCACCCAAAUCAUCUCCAUUAAAAAUUGCGCAACCCAGUCAUACUCCAAAAGCUUCACCGGUACAUUCGGCAACAUUGAAAUCAACUCCACUCAAAAAAGCAGGUUCAAAACAUGCAGAAGAAGGAAAAAGUACUAGCGAUGAACAAUGGAUCGAUGGACCGAGAAUAUCUAAAUCUAAGUUAGUUGAAGCUAGACAUAUAAUCAAAGAAACACAGGGCAAAAAACGUGAGACUUGGAUUGACGGUCCGAUGCAAGAACCAAAAGUACCGAUACAAUUUGAAUCUGUGCCAAUUCAACCUGGAAAUCCAAUACCACUACAACUUGGUAUUCUUGGCGCUCUUGGUAGCGAGAAUCUAGGUUACGGAUAUAUGGAUAAUCACAAGAAAAAUAUGAUAAGAAAAUGGGUUGAAAAUCAAACUUCACAAAUACAUAAGUCUAGGCACAACUCACCAAGUCACAAAGCAACGGUUCUACACAAGGAACCUGCAGGCAGAGUUCCCGAUGAACCUGAAACUGCUCAUAAAAUGGAGCCAGUUACAAAAGAUUCAGUCAAACGAAUACACGUUGAAGAAUCAACUAUACGAACCGGACUAAAAGCUGGUUCCAAGGGAAUGGCAAUAGAAGAAGAAAAUAUUGGACCUCCAAUAGCAGACCAGAAUUCAGCGGGUAAAAAAUGCACUUCAAAACAAAGCAAACAUGAUAUAGAUGAUGAUGACGAUAGUGAAGAAUUAGCUGAAAUACCACCCGCAUUACCAAUAAUGCAACCCAGCAGUCUAAGUAGUAGAGAAGUUUCAAUGGAAAGUUUAGAUAGUAAAUAUAAAGAGCGAUUAAGAAUGGACGAUGAACUAGUUUCUAAUCAUAGUAGGGAUAUUGAUUCUCAUGGUAUGAGUAGAGGUAUGAAUGAAGACGAAGAUGAAAUUCUAGAAAUAAUCGAAGUUGAAGAACCUUUAGAACCUGUUCCAAUGAUGGACUCCUGCUUGCAAGUAACAGAAGAAGAUAUAGCAUUUUGUAUGGGAUUCUCGGAAAAUCCGUUGCCAGAAGUAGAUCAAGAAGACGAUGAUCAUCCGCUUAGGAUUUUGAGUCAAGAAAAUUUGACAGUUGCUUCGACGUUCACAGACACUUUGUCUUUGUAUAGUGAAGUCGAACGCCAAAUUAGGAAUGAAGCCUACUUGAGGCAAACAAUAGGAUUUUAUGCGGAAAAGUAUAGCGGUGAGCGUGGAUUUGAUAUUAAUCCCCUUGAGAGUUUACCUUCAUCUCGAUCAAGAAUCGACGACAUAAUGAGUUUGACUGAGCUUUAUGGGUCUCGACGUAUGCUAGAUACGAACGAUAUGCCAAUCACGAGGAUAGCACCACAGUUUCAGUCACUAUCCUUAUCGAACGUUCGAGAUACAGAAGAAUUCGGAGGUGAUGGCUCUGUUUACAGUGAACCCGCUUACAGACCUAGUGACAAAAUAUGCAAUAGUUGCAAACGAUCUAUGUCCAGACCCGGAAGCGCGGUAGGAGAAUGUGAUGCAUAUCAUGAUUUAGAAACCCAUGACUGUUAUGGCCCCUUUGAAAGGUAUCGGGGCAAUGAUAUAACAGACGCACGUAUAGCAUCUCUCAGGCAUCCUGAUGGGGCCUCAGACCCGAACUUAAGAGAAGAGAAACGAAUACCUGGUAGUGGGGCUCCUUCAUUUAAGGAACUAAAAUCAAAUUUACAUCUAGAGGUAUCACCGCCUGUAGUAACAACUGAACCGCGAACAGAGAAAAGUGACAAAGGAAUAGCGAGGGUAGUUGCUAGUUCUAAGCCUGAUGGUUAUGAUAGUGGUCACGAGUCUACGCCUCGUACAGGCAAACACAGUCCAGCAACGACAUCAAGACGUGCUGAGUCUGGUUACGAUUCAGUGCCACGUGAUUCGGAUGCAUCUUCUCUAGAUUCGUAUCCAACGCGUCGCGCGGCUGUCGCCCGAGCGCACGCGAAAAAGCACACCACAGCGAAAUACAAACAACACAGCGACCGUUCCUUCUGUUCGUGGCUACGAAACCCCUUCACUUGCAAGUACGCCGACACAGACCCAGAAAUCAGCGAUUUUUAAAGCAAACUGUAUUUAAAUUGUAAAAUUCUAAAUAGAUAUCGUUAAGCUACGUUACCGAAUUUAAUCUGGAGACUGCUUUUGUACUCUAGUACUCGUAUUUAUAAAAUAAAUGCUUCGACACUGUCAGGUUACCACUGUAUUUUUCUAGACUUACGACAGCUUUUAGCUCCGCGCUCUGAAUAUGAUAAUUUAGAUAACAUUAUAACUAUUGUAAAUACAGAUGUUACGCGAGGAUUGCUAUGACUUGUUAGCGUUUAUCUUCUGCUCAUUUUUGUACUUUUAUACUGUCAUCGUGAGAAAACUAUUCCCAAUCUAUUGUGAAAUAAUUUUCAAGAGUUGGAGAAGCUUUUGUACUGAACCCACUUGUAAAUUGUUCAAAGCAAGAUGUCUUCCUCUGUCUUCCCCUGUCUGUGACAAUUUCAUAUCGAGGAAAUUAUUUUCUAUAUCUGCACUGGCACUGACCUCAUUGUCGUAAUGUUAUGACACGCCUUUAUUCCGAUCACUGCUGGCGAACUAGUUUCCUAAUCCUCCAUUUUGUAUUAUAUAAAUCCAAAGAAAGUUUGUUGCGCUGUUAUAACUUUGUAUGAAGAAGACUUGUAUGAAUAGAUAGAAGCCGAGUGAUUGGAAUAAAUUGCGUAUAAUUUAUAUCAAUGUAACUAAAAAUCUCGUUUCUAGGAUCUAAGACUGUUGUCAUUUAAUUGGCCAUGUUUUAUAUAGCUUUAACAUUUUGAUAUAUUGUAAUAAUGUAAUGAGAGUUUGACGGGCGCGAGAACUCGCGGGAACUCGUCGAUUGUCAACUGCAUCGAAUGUUGGAGAACUAAGUUAACGCUUUACUGUCAAUGUUUUGUUAUUGUACUAUUAAUAUUACAAAUAUAUAUCCUAAAUUCUACUAUGCGUUCGUAUUAGUUUACAAUAAAUUGUUCGAUUUCGAUUAA